AUGCGUUCUCUCGCACUUAUCGCUGUAUUUCAAUUUCUCGCGUGCCUCGUGGCUGGUCAACCAGCGGGCAGUCCAAGCCCAGUUUCUUCUGACAUUUGUGCAGAACUCAUCAAUAGUAUCAAUGUGAACUCUCCCACAUUUGAUGAGGCGAUGAGAAAGGCAACAAGUUUCCUCUCCUCUCAAUCUAGGUAUCCCCAUGGCUUCAAGAACAAUGAAGGCCUGUCAUUUCCAAGUGACUUUAACGGUGUGAAACUGUACGAAUAUCCGUAUCUAGCUAAUAAAGUGUACAACAAUGAUGGCGCUCCUGGUAGAUACCGCGUCAUAUUUGGCAAUGCCAACAAUGAAUGGAAAGUUGCUGGUGUCUUGGAGCAUCCAGACCUACAAUCCAACACGAGAGAUUUCAGUUUGUGUAAAGAUAUGGAUCCGCUGAACAUUGCGCUCCGGGAGGCAAAGAAUGCCAAAAAGGAGGCUGAAACUGCCAAGAGUCUAGCUGAGACUGAUCAAGAUGCUACUGCGGCUGCUCAGAAAGCAAGAGCAGCGGCUGAAGCGGCUGAAGCAGUGAGCACAGGUUCAUCAGGCGUUACGGCAGGCAAAGUCCGUCAGCUGGCCAAGAAAGCCGAUCGGGAGGCAGAGAAGGCUGAAGCAUUUGCGGAGAUUGCUGCCAUUAAUGUUAAAGAAGCUCUAAACGCAGCGGAUGCCGCUGGACAUGCCUCGUAUAGUGCGGUAAACGCUGCUGAUGCGAGUGAGGCUCAAGCCAAAGCCAUGGAGGCAAGGGCGGCAGCCAACCAGGUUAAGGCGAUGGCAAAAAAAGCGAAAGAGCUGUUUAACAAGUGGGAACAAAUUCAGGCUUCUGUUUCAGAAACAAGAAAGCAAAUUGUUAAGAAAAUCACGGACCUCACUGCAAAAGUAGCGCAAGAUUCAGCUGCCUGGCAGUCUGCUUUGGAGGACGCUAAGCUAGAGAAAAAGACCUACGACCAACUCUUUAAGGAAAACAGUCAGUUAAUCAAGGUCAUUCAGGGAAAACAAAGUAUUCAGGAGACAGCGAAAAGAGCCGAAACUGCAGCUGAGCAGGCAGAGAAGGCCGCGAAGGACAAAUCCGACAAAGCAGCUAAGGAUGAAGAAGAGAAGGCUGCAGGGGAGAAAACCAAGAAAGAGGUAUUGGAGAGUGCGAAGGCUAUUGCAGAUGGGGCGCCUAGUGGGUCAAUCUGGAAUAUCGUCGGGACAGGAAUUGCCGCGGUCACGUCGGGCGUUGUCGCUAUAGGGGGAGCUGCUGGGCUGACAAAACUUGCUCUGCAACCAGCUAUCUCUAUGGGCUCACUCUCCGGGCCAGUUUUUGCCGGUGGAAGUGCAGUGCCACUCGCUUCAGCUGAGGGAAUGUCGGCAGUCUCAAAUGCAUUCAGCGAUAGUCUUUCUAAAGUCGUCCAGGAAGGAGUCGAGAAGGCUACUAAUAAGGCAUUUAAUAAGGCAAUUGAGGAGGCUGCUGAAAAGCGACUUCUGAUGAGGAAAUUGGCUAAAAGAAAGGUAAAGGAACAACUCGAGCGAGCAGUUAAAAACGCACGUGAGGAAGCUUCGUCUAGUUAG